AGAGAAUUAUCUUAUCCCAUUUUUCUUACAUACUCCGUUCCUUCCUUCCUUUGCCUUUGGACCUCUUUUCCUCACAAGUUCUCUGCCAAAAAUGGCAUUCGCUGUUGCCGAGGCGAUCCUCAAGAAGCUGGCUCCCCUGGCCGCAGAGCAAGCGGGUCUCCUGUGGAGCUUUAAGAGCGAUUUUCUGAAACUGAAAAGCACAGUUUCCUCGAUACGUGCGGUGUUGUUGGAUGCUGAUGAGCAAUCGGGUAUGAACCAUCAGGUUCGAGACUGGCUCGAUGAACUGAAACAGGUCCUUUAUGAUGCUGAUGACUUGCUGGAUGAUUUCUCCACGGAGGCACUCUUGAAGCAACGAAGGAAUGAUGGGAGUCGUUGUCUGAACGAGGUAUGCCUCUUCUUUACGCGUUCCAACCAAUUGGUUAGUGGUCUUGUGAUGGCACAUCGGUUGAAGGCCAUCAUGACCAAGCUGGAUGAGAUUGAUGAGAAUCAGAGGAAGUUUAAUCUUGAAACGCGCCUUGGAGAUCCGGCUGCUGCUGCUGCGAUCAACCACGAGAGGCAGACUGACUCCUUUGUUCCAGAUGGAUUUGUUGGGAGGGAGGAAGAUAAGAAGAAAAUAAUUGGUAUGCUAUCAUCGACCAACAAUGAGCAGAAAAUUGAGUUAAAAAUUUGGAUAUGUGUUUCGGAUAAUUCCGAUCAAGCACUAUUGGUGAGGAAGAUGUUGGAGUCUAUAACCAAACGUAAAGUGGAAGAUCUUGACUGGACAUCUUGAAGGGGGAACUUAAGAAGGAGAUGGGUAAUAAGAGAUUCUUGUUAGUGUUGGAUGAUGUUUGGAAUCAUGGUGAUUACAAGGGCAAUUGGGAUAGCUUGAUGAGUUUUUGGUUGCAGGUCGGGGCAGUUGGUAGCAAAAUUAUCGUCACUACUCGUCUUGGAGAUGUCGCGAAUCACUUGGCAACGAAGGGGAUUAAACCAUACAAGCUUAAAGGUUUAUCUGAGCAAGAAUCAUGGUUUUUGUUUGAACAAAUAGCAUUUAAGGGUGAAGUGGAAGGUGGUGAAAGAUUUGUAUACAUAGGGAAAGAGGUCAUGAGAAGGUGCGUGGGAGUUCCUUUGGCCAUAAGGGUGAUUGCAGGUACCCUUUCAUCUAAGAGCAACAUGGUUGAUUGGGAAGCCUGUUUCCGAAAGAUUCUAACAUUGAUGUGAAAUUGUUGGUGCAAAUUUGGAUGGCGCAAGGAUUUAUCAACUCUAGCCGGUCGUCAUCUGCUUUAUUUGAGAUUGCAGGUGUGGAGAUCAUGGCUUUAAAAGCCUCAGAUUCAAUGGAAGGCAGUGUCAACUCUGAUAGGCUUCGACAUAUAUCAUUUGAUUUUGAGAGAAAAUUUAUACAGACAUGGAAAGCUCCAGUGGCAUUGGCUAAUGCAACAAAACUGCGAACUUUUCUUCCUAUAAAUGCAUACUCUUUAAGUAUGAUUUGUAGCGAAGAGUUUAACUAUGGGAUGAUCUUCUCAAAUAAUUGUAGGUUCAGAGUUUUAAGUCUCAGCGGUGCUAAAUUGGAGAGUGUGCCUCGCUCCAUUUAUAAAUUGACACAUCUCAGGUACCUAAAUCUUUCUUGGAAUCCUAUAAAGGUGCUCCCUGACGAGAUUACGUUGCUAGUAAAUUUACAAGUCCUCAUACUAUGUAAGAAUCUCGAGAAAUUGCCAAGUGAUAUUGUGAAAUUGACUAAUCUCGAAUUCCUUGUUCUCGCUAAGUGUUUGAAUUUGAAAGGGUUGCCACUUGGGAUCGGGCGGCUCACUCGUCUAAGAGAAUUGUCCAUAUUCAUUGUGCCAGCUGCAUCAUACUAUUCACAUGGGGCAGUCGCUGCUAGAAUCAGCGAGCUGGAGCAUCUCGACAAUCUAAGUGGGAAAUUGAAGAUCAUAAAUCUGGAAUUGCUGAAAGAUGAGGCUGAAGCGAAGGCAGCAAGUUUGUUUCGGAAGCAACAUCUUCAAGCGUUGAUAUUAGAGUGGAGCAUACCAAGACGAGUUUUUGUUGGCAGGGAUGUUGGGGUUCUAAAGGCGUUGGAGCCACAUAAGAAUUUGAAGGAACUAAAGUUGGAUGGUUAUGGCGGUCACAAUCUACCAAGUUGGUUCUCUACUACUCUCCAGAAUCUGGUUCACUUGAAAUUGUAUAAUUUGUGUCGCUUAAAGUACAUAGAGGAUGACGCUGGGCAGUUUCUUCCCCGCUUGAAAUAUCUCAGCAUUGGCAACUGCCCCAGGCUAGUAAGCUGGAGGUCAACCACAGAGAUAGAAAUGCCGCAGUUCCAUUCUCUUUCAAAUCUCCGCAUUGAAUAUUGCCCGAAACUGGUACGGCUUGCUCAUUUUUCGGCGGAUAUUGAAAGGGUUGACUUAAGAUAUGUCGACCGCAAACUGUUUGACCAGUUUGUUGCCUCACUUCCACCGCCCAGCUCCCCUGCGCGGAUCAAAACACUGAUAAUUUGGGGGAUAAGAGGGCUUCGAAUUUUGCCGCAAGGUUUACUGCCACAUCUUGCAUCCCUUGAAUAUUUGUCGAUAGCUGAUUGCCCGAACCUAAUGAAUCUGUCUCCACCGGCUACUAGUCAACAACAUCAUCUCACUUCCCUCCAGUUCUCUGCCCUUCCAAACCUCCGCGAACUUUAUAUCUGGAAUCUUCCAGGGAUAAAGCGUCUACCAGAGUGGCUUCAGCAUUCCUCUAACUUGCAGACGCUGUCGAUAUAUAGGUGUGGCGGUCUCAAGUGCUUGCCAAAAUCGCUCCCCAAGCUCACAGCUACUCUGCAUGUAGAUGGCUGUCAUUUUCUAUCAGCCAGAUUGAAGAGUAGAACGGCUGUGGACUGGCCCAAAGUUGCUCACAUUCCGAAUAUUGAUAUUAAUGACACCACAGUUCAAGAGGAUGGUAACUACUUGAGAGUAGAAGAACCAGCAGACGAAAACCAACUUCAAGAACAAGAAGCAAGUGGAGGAGAAGAAGAACAACAACAACAACAACAAGAAUUAUUCAGUGAAGAAGAAGAUGUUGACGAUGCUGAUAAUAAUGAUGAUUGCGAGGAAGAAGAAGAAGAAGAAGAUAAUGAUGAUAAUGAUGACGAGGAAGAAGAAGGACUAUCCUCGUGCUUUCCGUCUCCAAGGAUGUGGUCAGAUUCAAUUGCGAGACUCACUUGUAACCUAUUCCAGAGAUGCUUUCUCGACUAGAUAGCAAACGUUCUCUCUUUUAUGACGGGUAUUUUUGACGCAUACCCACGAGACUUAUCGCAGCUUCCAUAAAUAUCCGACGAAGUAGGAUCACUAUCGAAAUCUGCACAUUCAUUUGUGAGACCUCUAUGGCGUACAAGCUUGUUCUCUUGGAUCAAUAUUAGACUAUUUCGUUUUAUGUUUCGUGGCAAUAGCUGCAUUGCUUCUUUUCCUUGAACUUCGAUGUUGUGCGUGCUAGUUUUGUGUGUUAUGUACUUGCUUCUUGUAACCUUUGUUGUAUUCUGGAGCUGUGCGUACUUCCUGGACAUGAAGUAAUAUCUUAAGGAUGACAUUGAUGACGUACAAGCACAAGACUCAUGUUGUUGAUUCUGAUCGAAGUAUUAUCUCCGAUGUCGACUUCUACAUUAAUGAUGACGUGAUACAUGUUGUGGACUCGAAACCAGUGACUCGAUAUGGCGAUUUCUUCUUGCGGCAAAUUGUAAAGUUCUCUGCCAGAGAUGGCAUUCGCUGUUGCCGAGGCAAUCCUCAAGAAGCUGGCUCCCCUUGCUGCUGAGCAAGCGGGUCUCCUCUGGAGCUUGAAGAGCGAUUUCCUGAAACUGAAGAGCACGGUUUCCUCCAUCAAGGCUGUGCUGUUGGAUGCUGAGGAGCAAUCGGGUCUGAACCAUCAGGUUCGAGACUGGCUCGAUGAACUGAAACAGGUCCUUUACGAUGCUGAUGACUUGCUGGAUGAUUUCUCCACGGAGGCUCUGUUGAAGCAGCGAAGAAAUGAAGGGAGUCGCUGUCUGAACGAGGUAUGCCUCUUCUUUACGCGUUCCAACCAAUUGGUCAGUGGGCUUAUGAUGGCUCAUCGACUGAAGGCCAUCAGGACCAAGCUAGAUGAGAUUGAUGAGAAUCGGAGGAAGUUUAAUCUUGAAACGCGCCUUCAAGAUCCGGCUGCUGCUGCUGCUGCUGCGAUCAAGCGCGAGAGGCAGACUGACUCCUUUGUUCCACAUGGAUUUGUUGGGAGGGAGGAAGAUAAGAAGAAAAUAAUUGGUAUGCUGUUGUCAUCGACCAAUGAUGAGCAGAAAAUCGAGGUUAUUCCUAUUCUCGGAAUGGGGGGUUUGGGGAAAACGGCUUUGGCUCAGUGUAUCUACAAUGAUGAGACUGUGUCUACUUGUUUUCAGUUGAAAAUUUGGAUAUGUGUUUCAGAUAAUUUCGAUCAAGCACUAUUGGUAAGGAAGAUGUUGGAGUCUAUAAACCAAGAUAAAGUAGAAGAUCUAGACUUGGACAUCUUGAAGGGGAAACUUAAGAAGGAGAUGGAUAAUAAGAGGUUCUUGUUAGUGUUGGAUGAUGUUUGGAAUCAUGGUGACUACAAGGGCAAUUGGGAUAGCUUGAUGAGCUUUUGGUUGCAAGUAGGGGCAAUGGGUAGCAAAAUUAUCGCCACUACUCGUCUUGCAGAUGUCGCGAAUCACUUCGCAACGAAGGGGAUUAAACCACACAAGCUAAAAGGUUUAUCCGAGUCAGAAUCAUGGUUUUUGUUUGAACAAAUAGCAUUCAAGGGUGAAGUGGAAGGUGGUGAAAGAUUUGUAGACAUAGGAAAAGAGGUCAUGAGAAAAUGCGUGGGAGUUCCUUUGGCUAUAAGGGUGAUUGCAAGUGCCCUAUCGUCUAAGAGCAACAUUGUUGAUUGGGAGGCGGUAAGGGAUAAACAAGCAAUGUUUGAUGGGGAUGACGAGAGAAAGAUUUUGGGUACUCUUAGAUUGAGUUAUGACAACUUGCCUUCUGAAUUGAAACCGUGCUUUGUCUAUUGCAGUUUGUUUCCGAAAGAUUCUGAGAUUGAUGUGAAAUUGUUGGUGCAAAUUUGGAUGGGGCAAGGAUUUAUCAACUCUAAUCGGUCGUCAUCUGCUUUAUUUGAGGUUGGAGUUGAAUAUUUCAAGAGUUUGCUGUCUAGGUUCUUUUUUCAAGAGCCAGAAAGUGAUCGAUGGGGGAAUGUUACUGAGUGUAAGAUGCAUGAUUUGAUGCAUGAUGUCGCCCUGGAGAUUGCAGGUGUGGAGAUCAUGGCUUUAAAAGCCUCAGAUUCAAUGGAAGCCAGUGUCGACUCUGAUAGGCUUCGACAUAUAUCGUUUGAUUUUGAGAGAAAAUUGACACAGACAUGGAAAGCUCAAGAUGCAUUGGCUAAUGCAACAAAACUUCGAACUUUUCUUCCUAUAAAUACACUCUAUUCUGGCAUUGAUGGCAUCGAGGAGCAGAACUGUGAGAUGAUCUUCUCAAAUAAUACUAGGCUGAGAGUUUUAAGUCUCGACAGUGCUAAACUGGAGAGUGUGCCCCGCUCCAUCCAUAAGUUGACACAUCUAAGGUACCUAAAUCUUGCUCGCAAUCCUAUGAAGGUGCUCCCCGACGAGAUUACGGUACUAGUAAAUUUACAAGUGCUCAUACUUGAUUCUUGUGAGAAUCUCAAGCAAUUGCCUAGAGAUAUUGGGAAAUUGACUGAUCUCGAGUUUCUUAGCCUCGUUGGGUGUUCGAGUUUGAAAGGGUUGCCACUUGGGAUCGGGCGGCUCACUCGUCUGAGAGAAUUGUCCAUAUUCAUUGUGCCAGCUGCAUCAUACUAUUCACAUGGGCCAGUCGCUGCUAGAAUCAGCGAGCUGGAGCAUCUCGACAAUCUAAGUGGGAAAUUGAAGAUCAUAAAUCUGGAAUUGGUGAAAGAUGAGGCUGAAGUGAAGGCAGCAAGUUUGUUUCGGAAGCAACAUCUUCACGCCUUGACAUUGAAGUGGAGCUUACCGAGACGAGUUUUUGCUGGCAGGGAUGUUGGGGUACUAAAGGCGUUGGAGCCACAUAACAAUUUGAAGGAACUAAAGCUGAAUGGUUAUGGCGGUCACAGUCUACCUAGCUGGUUCUCUACUACUCUCCAGAAUCUGGUUGACUUGACAUUGUUUAAUUUAGUUCGCUUAAAGUACAUUGAGGAUGACGCUGGACAGUUUCUUCCCCGCCUGAAAUCUCUCCGCAUUGGCAACUGCCCCAGGCUAGUAAGCUGGUGGUCAACCAGAGAGAUAGAAAUGCCGCAGUUCCCUUGUCUUUCAUAUCUCUACAUUGCGAAGUGCCCGAAACUGGUACGGCUUCCUCAUAUUUCGGCGGAUAUUGAAACGGUUGACUUAGAAUAUGUCAACCGCAAACUGUUGGACCAGUUUGUUGCCUCACUUCCACCACCCAGCUCCCCUUCGCGGAUCAAAACACUGACAAUCGCGGGUAUAAGAGGCCUUCAAAUUUUGCCACAAGGUUUACUGCCACAACUUGCAUCCCUUGAAGAAUUGUGGAUAAUGGAUUGCCCGAACCUAAGGAGUCUGUCUCCACCGGCUACUAGUCAACAACAUCAUCUCACUUCCCUCCACUUCUCUGCCCUUCCAAACCUCCGUGGCUUUUAUAUCUGGGGACUUCCAGGGAUAAAGCGUCUACCAGAGUGGCUUCAGCAUUCCUCUAACUUGCAGAUUCUGUGGAUAAAAAGCUGUGACGGUCUCAAGUGCUUGCCAAGAUGGCUACCCAAGCUCACAACGCUAGAUACUCUGUAUGUAGAUGACUGUCAUUUUCUAUCAGCCAGGUCGAAGAGUAGAACGGCCGAGGAUUGUAACUACUUGAGAGUAGAAGAACCAGCAGACGAAAACCAACUUCAAAAACAAGAAGCAAGUGAAGAAGAAGAAGAAGAAGAAGAUGAUGAUGAUGAUCAUGCUAGCGAGGGCGAGGAAGAAGAAGACGAUGAUCAUGAGGGCGAGCUCGAGGAAGAAGCAGAAGGACUACCCCUGGGCAUUCUGUCUCCAAGGAUGUGGUCAGAUUGCAUUGCGAGAUUGACUUGUAACCUGUUCCAAAGAUGCUUUCUGGGCUAGUUACCAAACGUUCUCUCCCGGGUAUUUUGAUGCAUACACACGAGACUUAUCGCAACCUCCAUGCAUAGCUGAUAAACUAGUGAUCAGUAUUCGCGGUCUGCAGAGUUAUUUGUGAGACCUCUGUGGCGUACAAGCUUGUUCUCUUGGACCAAAUUAGACAAUUUCACUCCAUGUUUCGUUGCAAUUGUUUCAUCUUGCUUGUUUUCUACCAGCUUGAACUUCCAUCCUGUGGGGACUAGUUCUAUUUUUAUCUCUUCCUUUGUAACCUUAGUUGUAUUUUUGGAGUUGUAUUCCUUUUGCGCCCGGACAAGAAUUUUUCAGUGAAGAAGAAGAGGAAGAACUGCCCUUGGGCAUUCCGUCUCCAAGGAUGUGGUCAAAUUACAUUGUGAGGCUCACUUACCUAUUCCAAAGAUGCUUUCUCGGCUAGCUACCAAACGUUUUCUCUUCUAUGAGGGGGUAUUUUGAUGCAUACACACGAGACUUAUUGCAGCUUCUAUGAAUAUCCGGCGAAGUAGUGAUCACUAUCGCAGUCUGCACAUUCAUUUCUGAGACCUCUAUCGCGUACAAGCUUGUUCUCUUGGAUCAAAUUAGACAAUUUCAUUCUAUGUUUGUUUGCAAUAGUUGCAUCUUGCUUUGCUUGUUUUCAACCAGCUUGAACUUCCAUCCUGUCGUACUAGUCUUGUUUUUCUUUAUUUCUUUCUCGUAAACUUUGUUAUAUUUUGGAGUUGGGGCCUGCUAGUUAGAGAUUUUGUCAUAAUGCAGCUGUCACUCGCUUGAAGUAACAGAUUCAUUUAGAGCAGCAAACUCCUCAACACUGUCUUCUGUUGUUGUGUUCUUACAAGCCCAAUCUAGCAUAGUUGGU